GGAAAGUAAUAUCUGAAACGGGAUAUCCGGUUUCAAGGAGGUCACAAGUUCUUUCUCACAGCCAUCUUGGAAAUAGCAUCCUGAGCUGCAACCAUGCCUGGCGAAGCAACAGAAACGGUCCCUGUCACGGAGCAAGAGAUGCAGCAACCACAAGUGGAAACUGGGUCUGGCACAGAGUCCGAGAGUGACGACUCAGUCCCGGAGCUAGAGGAACAGGAUUCAGCACAAACACAGACACAGCAAGCCCAGGUUGCAGCUGCUGCUGAAUUAGAUGAGGAACCCGUCAGUAAAGCCAAACAGAGCCGCAGUGAAAAGAAAGCACGAAAGGCAAUGUCAAAGCUUGGUCUCAGACAGGUAACAGGUGUCACCAGAGUAACCAUUCGCAAGUCCAAGAACAUCUUGUUCGUUAUUACCAAACCAGAUGUGUACAAGAGCCCUGCAUCAGACACAUAUAUUGUAUUCGGUGAAGCUAAGAUCGAAGAUCUCUCCCAACAAGCACAGCUGGCUGCUGCAGAAAAAUUCAAAGUGCAAGGAGAAGCUGUGUCAAAUAUCCAGGAAAAUACACAGACGCCAACAGUACAGGAGGAGAGCGAAGAAGAAGAGGUUGACGAGACUGGAGUUGAGGUCAAAGACAUUGAACUGGUUAUGUCGCAAGCUAACGUAUCGCGGGCAAAGGCUGUUCGUGCCCUGAAAAACAACAACAAUGACAUUGUCAAUGCAAUUAUGGAGUUGACAAUGUAAAGGGGACCCUGGCAAAAAGGAGUGUUUGUGUGGUUGCUGAUUCAAUAUUGGCUCAUUUAUAGAAUUUAUACCGACUAUGGAAAUAAAAUUGUGGCUUGACAA